UUCCUCGAGAGAGAUGCUUUUAUUGAAUUAUUUUUUUCAUCCUCACGUUCGUGCGUGCUCAUUGUGGUCCAAAGCGAUGUUUAGCUGUUGUAUAAAACCGUAUUUCGUGGGUGGAUCGUCCAGUGCUUUGCUCAUCCAUUCCCCACCGCCUCAGUGUUUGAGAUACGUGUGUGUGAGCACCCUGUGACUCUCUGAUAGUGGCAGAUGGUGAAGACUGGCAUAGGAUUAGACACUCACUCACCAGUUUCCUCAUUCUGAAAAGCAAGCUCCAUAUUCAUUUUAAUAGAUAUAUUUGACUAGCGCGCAUUGAUGGAGACUGAAGGUGAUGCAAAUUCUGCCAGGGAUAGUGGAGAUGCUCAGUCGGGUGAAACGUGCUUGGUUCAGAGCAGCACAGAGGAACAGCUCUCUGAGCUGGAAGAGGAAGACGAGAUGUGGCGGAACGACAUGUACGAUUCUGUCCCGACGAAGGACAAAGGAUCCUCCGGAUCCUUUGUCCGGAGUUCCAAAAACAGCGGGGACAUCAUAUACGCUGAAGACGAUCUUCUGAACAGUCAAAGUACGAACAAGUUGCCUCAGCACUCCAAACUAGGACCCUAUUUCCAGGACGGUCAGAGGCGCAUCGAUUACAUCCUAACCUACCAUGUAGACAAACUACACCUCACUCGUCUCCAUACCUUUAGCCUCUUUAAGUGCCUGAAAGAUUGCCUGUGCUGCUGCAUUGGGAAACGCAAAAAGGACAACUCCGACCAUCAUGACCCUGAGUGUGCCAGUACUGCGCACGUCCACAGAGAGGAGUUUGAACAAAAGCUUAUAGACAUGGGACUCGAGCUGGAGAAAGAGGAAGAUGCUAAAAUUCCAGAUGUGGGCUUUCUGAAGAUUCACGCACCCUGGCAUGUUCUCUGUAGAGAAGCAGAGUUCAUGAAGCUCAAGAUGCCCACCAAAAAAAAAUACGAAGUCAGUCAAGGGAGUGGUGGCAUACGUGCCAUAAACACGUUUAUGAAAAGGUUGUCUGCACCGCUGACUCCCGCGGUCGAGGAGAAGUCUCCCCAUAACGAGAAGCACAUAUCUUAUCCCUUCUCCAGGGAAAAACAGCACUUGUUUGAUCUCUCAGAUAGAGAUUCCUUCUUCGACAGUAAAAUCCGUGCUUCAAUCGUGUGUGAGAUCAUAAAGCGAGUAAAGUGCAUAGGAGUGAAGGAUAUCAUGGGCAUUAACACACUCAUCGCUCAUGGAGUUUACACCUCAGCCUACACUCUACAUGAUGGAGAAAUUGAGGGUGUUGACGCUGAACCAAAUGAUAGAAAGGUGCUGUACGAGCAGUGGGCGAGAUACAGCCUCUUCUACAAAUUCCAGCCCAUCGGACUGAUCAGGAAGUAUUUUGGAGAGAAAAUUGGCUUGUACUUUGCCUGGUUGGGUGUGUACACUCAGAUGCUGAUCCCAGCAGCAAUCAUCGGUGUCAUCGUCUUCUUGUACGGCUGUGUCACUGUGGAUUCAGACAUUCCCAGUAUGGAGAUCUGUGAUGAAAGGAACAACAUCACCAUGUGCCCGCUGUGUGAUCGUGCAUGCAGCUACUGGAAGCUGGUAGAAGCCUGCGGCACUGCCAGGGCCAGCCACCUGUUCGACAAUGCGGCCACCGUCGUCUUCUCCAUCUUCAUGGCGCUCUGGGCCACAACGUUUAUGGAGCACUGGAAGAGGAGACAGAUGAGGCUUAAUUACAUCUGGGACCUGACAGGCCUUGAAGACGAGGAGGAAGAAAAUAAGAGCCAACCGCGACCAGAGUACGAGUUUCACGUCAGAAUGAAGAGGAUGAAGAAAGAAAAGAAAAGCGGUGAAACUCUAAUGCCUGGACAUCACAAGCUGACAUGCAAAGACAGGCUGUCUGCUUACAUGACCAUCCUUAUCAUGAUGCUCUUCUUGGUUUGCGUGACCGUCGCCAUUGUAUUUGGAGUGGUCCUGUACAGGAUUUCUAUCAAGACAGCGCUACACAUGAGCUCCUCCUCCCCAUUCCGUUCAAACAUUCGGGCCACGGUAAAAACCACGGCAGCUGUCAUCAACCUCAUAAUCAUCAUCAUCAUGGACGAGAUCUACGGAACUGUGGCACGCUGGCUCACGGUUUUAGAGGUGCCCAAGACAGACAAAAGCUUUGAAGAGAGGCUGAUUUUCAAGGCUUUCAUCCUGAAGUUUGCCAACGCCUUCACUCCAAUUGUCUACCUGGCUUUCUUCAGAGGCAGGCUCAUUGGACGGCCGGGCAACUAUUACUACGUUAUUGGGAAUUACCGAAUGGAGGAGUGUGCUCACGCUGGCUGCUUGAUGGAGCUUUGUAUACAGCUGUGCAUCACCAUGCUUGGCAAGCAGCUUAUCCAGAACAAUCUGUUUGAGAUUGCCAUUCCUAAACUGAAGAAACUGAUUCGUCGCCUUAAGUCAAAGAGAGACUCUAAAAAAGAAGAGGAGUUUCAGAACACCCUUGCCCGGCAUGAAAAAGACCACUUUCUCGACCCCUUUGUUGGCCUUAAUCCAGAGUAUAUGGAGAUGAUGAUCCAGUUUGGAAUGGUGACCUUGUUUGUGGCGUCCUUCCCUCUGGCUCCUCUGUUUGCGCUCCUGAACAAUGUCAUCGAGAUCCGCCUUGACGCCAAGAAAUUUGUCACAGAAUACAGGCGGCCGAUAACGGCUAAGGCCAAAGACAUUGGCAUCUGGUACAACCUUCUGAGAGGACUGAGCAAAGUGGCAGUCAUAGUGAACGCGUUUGUGAUCUCCUUCACGUCGGAUUUCAUUCCCAGACUGGUUUAUCAGUACGUGUACAGUCCUGACGGAACGUUGCACGGCUUCGUCAAUCACUCCCUCUCUUAUUUCAACGUCACCGACUUUGAGCCGAACACAGAACCGGUGGAACCGAUGUUCCUGGGCUACAGAGUGGACGUUUGCAGGUAUAAGGAUUACCGAGAUUCCCCAUGGUCAGAUACACCGUAUGAGCUGUCAAGAGAAUUCUGGACUAUUCUGGCGGCUCGGCUUGUGUUCGUCAUCAUCUUUCAGAACAUGGUGAUGCUAAUGAGUGACUUUGUAGACUGGCUAAUCCCAGACAUCCCCAAAGAUAUCAGCUUGCAAAUUCACAAGGAGAAGAACUUGAUCGUAGAGCUCUUUAUGAAAGAGGAACAUGGAAGGAGGCUGGGAAAGCGAAAGAGUAACCCCCGCACUCGAGCAUCUUUGCAAGUCAACAACCAUUCGUCCACCUAGUCCACCGAGUAGGGACGAAUACGUCUAUCUCUGAAGCACGGCAGGUUUGUAUGAAUCAAGAUGAGCCAGCUUGUGUGAAAGUAUGGAGGUUACAAGGGUUUAAGGUGAAAUGGUACAGUACAUUAGAGGUGCGGUUCGCUGACUGGAAUCAGACGCAGGCACACAGACCCAGACUGCAUGAUUAUGAUCAAAGAGAUGCUUUGUGACUGCCUUAUACCUUGCAGCUUAGCUUUUCUUUUUCGUAAACAAGUAAACGAAACACAGACUCUCUCUCUCUCUCUCUUUCUCUCUCUUUUUUAUCUAUAUGGAAAUUGUGAAGGUUUUUUCUAAUUUACUGUUUGUGUGUCAUAACAUUUUCUAUGUAGUCGUUAUUGAUGUGUGUCUCGAUGAUGGUUAAGCUCUUUUUUUUCAGUGCUUUUAUAUUGAUUUUAUUUAACUACUUUUAACUACCCAGACAAAAGGAACAUGUACUAUGUAUGGCAUAGCAUUUACAUUACAUGACACUCAGGUUAUUCACAAUUGUUUUCAUACUGUAAUAAAUUGUUUUCAUAAUAAAUGUUUCAUAAAAAUAAAUGUUUCUAGCACAAUUAUGUGCAAGGUCAAGCUCGGUAAAGCUACAGUGGUGGAAAAAGGAACAGUAACUAAAACCUGCACCUUUAUUUACUUAUUUUAGUUUGCUACAAAUAGAAAAAGAUUGUGUUAUUGUAUAAUGCUGAAAAAUAAACAAUUAUGGCCCCUUAAUCUUCACUGCAAAAUAUAAGUGACUGAUUCUAUCUAACAGGAAUAAAUCAGCAAUUUUCACGUUUGAUAGCGAACUUGACGUGUGAUAUAAAUGGCUGCAGUACGUAAAUGUGCUGCUGAUCAAGCUGUUGUGUUAGAGAAGUAAGAGUAAGUUGAUAUUUUCAUAUACAUGUUUGGUCUUUUGAAUACAUUUCAGUAGAAACAUACGGAAAUCUUUUUCAAGGGUUCUUCUAGACUAGAUGGCAUUAAAGCAAACAAUUAGGUGUGUUCGUUAGGUGCAUGAAUAAGAUGAAAAUAUGUCUGCUGUCUUUUUUUUUUAUCACAUAUGGAUGACUAUGAUGUGUUUUGUUUAUCUGAAGCUUGCUUUUUGAAAAUUGUUGUACUUUUUAAUUAGUCUUGUCUGUUUGAUCAUAAGCGGUUUGAAUCAGAGGCUUCUACUGAGGAGUGAAGACUCAGUACUUUCUCACACACACACACAAACACACACACACACACACACACACACACACCUGUUUAAAGUCUCUUCUCCUGUCUUGACUGUUAAUAUUGCAUGUGCAUCACAAUGUCUUGUAAAACUUGUACUUAUACCCAUGUAUUCAAAUACAUACGUUUGUACUUGUCAAUUCUAUCAUGUCUCUAAAUUAAAGAAUAAUAAUAAAAACCUCCAAAAUUCUGAA